AUGGCGUCCACGAAUUCCGACACCACGACCACGAAUUCAUCAUCCACCCAUAAGAUUACCACCGUUCCCCUAACAUCAAUUUUCACUAUUCCGACCUCAUGCUCCAGCUCCUGGACAUACGAAUCAGAGAGUGCCAAUGACAUCUCGGGUGGUCUUCUCAUGCAGAACUGCGUGAGCGUUGAUGGCGACGAUGGAGCAUGCUGGCCAUCAGGUUACAAUAACUGGGGGAGAACGAUCCCGACCCAAAUAUUCAGUCCCGGCCAUUGUCCGCAAGGAUAUACGUCCGCUGGCUUGUCGAUUUCCAACUCAAUGACCGCGGCAAUGUGUUGUAUUUCGGGGUUCGGCUUUACUUCCGAUUCAUCGUACGCCGGAUGCACCAGUAUCCUACCCUCAACCAGCUCGAUGUUUGUCACCAUCCGCCAAAAGACUGGUGACACCACGGAAGUCACUGGACCAGUGACUAUGUGGGGUGCAGCAAUUAGUAUUCAAUGGGAGGAGCGAGAUCUGACCUAUUGGUCUUCGACCAGCGCAACAACCACGGACGCGACCGAUUCAGGCGUGACAGCAGUAUCUGCGGCCACGGGGGCGGCCAUGGCGGCCUCCACCGCGACCUCCACCGCGACGGCAGGAUCAAGCGCGGAUGUCUCUAAGUCAUCCAGUGGGUUGUCCACCGGCGCAGGAAUUGGAAUUGGCGUGGGUGUCGGUGUUGCGAGUGUGGCUGUGCUUGCUGCGCUUGGCUUCUGGUUCUUCCGGCGUAAAAUGCGCAAGAACGCGGUUGCUACUGGGACUGGAUUGAGCUCGGCCGCUAUGCCUAUGACCGCCAAUGGCGAGGGCUAUGUGGCUGAGAUCUCCACCAGCACUCAGGGGUCCAGCGCAUCUUACGGGACCUCCAUACCGGCGCGUAUGGCGCCCACGCAGCCGUCCAGACCGACUGAGAUUGACAAUUACGCAGACCGCGAGAAAGCUUUCCACGAACUCGACGGAUAG